AUGAGCAUUGGUGGUGAUGCUUCUGCUGUACUACCACCAGCGUUAUUGGCACGACCAAGCGUACGUCGAGGUUCCGUUUUUUCGGAUUUGAUAACAAUUUUUCGCCGAAGUAGUUCGCAUCCAAAUCGAAUAUUUCGACAUCUUUCACAUUCACCAACUAACAAAUUGACGAAAAAUGAAAGGCAGAAAACCAACAAAUUUUCUAAGCCAACAGCAUACAAUUAUGAGCAGAAUCAAGAAGAGGAAUCAGAAGAGAGUGGUGGUAAACCGAUGAGUCGUCAAGUAUUGCUGGAUAAAAUUCGAGAAAAAAAGGAAGUGAUUGGAAAAUUACGUUGUCAGCCAUGGAAUAUGAACCGUAAGCGACGAACUUUAAGAUUAGCACAGAAAUAUGUGGCGCAACACGAAUCACGGGUAUCUAAAACGCAUUUAUUAAAAGUUGAACUGAAGAAGAGAUGGGGUGCGUUCUGUCGUUGGGCUGAUAACGUCAAAAUUUACCUAAUACCAUGGGAAGCAAAAAUUAAACGCAUUGAAAGUCAUUUUGGAUCUGUGGUAUCCUCAUAUUUUACGUUUCUUCGUUGGAUUGUUUACGUAAAUGUGAUAAUUACUUUGAUUAUAAUCUCAUUCAUCGUCAUUCCAGAGAUGCUAGCAGAUGCAGCAGCAGAUCCGAGUCGCGUGAACCGUACUGCGUCAAGGAAAAUUAUCCCAUCACAAGAAUUAAUCCAUGCGGAUGAAUUACAAGUCGUCUCGAAUUUUGAUGGCUAUCUUAAAUAUUCACCGCUUUUCUACGGUUACUACAGUAACGAUGAAUUUGUUGGAGCACGAAUACGAUACGCGGUACCACUGGCCUACUUUAUCAUUACCCUAUUUGUGUUCGGAUAUAGCUGCUUCGCCAUUCUUAGGAAGAUGGCUAUGAAUGCUCGUCUAAGUAAAAUGUCUGAUAAAAAAACGGAUCAGUACCUAUUCAGUUGGAAACUUUUUGGCGGUUGGGAUUAUACUAUCGGUAAUAGCGAAACAGCCAGUAAUACUACAAUGGCUAUUGUCAUCAAACUUAGAGAAUCAAUCAUGGAAUGCCGAGUAAAUUCGGAAAAGAAAUUCAAACCGUUAAUUUUCUUGGCUCGAGUAAUAGCAAAUGCUAUCAUCCUUGCAAUGCUUGCAUUUUCGAUCUAUAUGAUCUCAGUUGCUGUUCAAACAUCAGAAACACUGGAGAAAACUGGCAAUUUAUUAACAAAAAAUCAAGUACCCACAAUAAUUGCCACAAUAACCAAUGUUUUUCCAAUGAUUUUUGAUCUUAUUGGCCAGAUUGAAAGAUAUCACCCUCGAACUGCGCUUCGAGUUCAUUUAGCAAGGUAUAAGGUGCUUAAAAUUUAA